GGUAAAUAUGUCGCGAUAGAGCAACGGAGAGGUGUGCACGUCGCGUGUUGAGACCAAUAACUAGUGUAUACCGGAAACGGAUUGAACAGAUGAUAAGUGGCUUUUUUGUCAUUGUGUGUUAAGUGUGUACCCGGGGCUCGGAGGAUUGGGAAGCAGAAUGGUACGAUGGAGCGAGAUAUAGCUCGAGACGCUCAGGAAGAGGCACAGCGGCAACGAGGCAGGGCGGCGGGCGAGACUGCAGAAGGGCUGAGAAAGAAGAAGUCGGCCAUCGAUUGCGGGAAACUGGGGUCAGGAUGAAUGAAUGAGUGAACAGUUGCAAGUGACUCUCGCCAAUAACCAGGUUAAGAUAUAGGAAGUGCGAGUUCGUAUGUAUGAAAUGAUAAGAAAUGAAGAGGGCGGAGAUGCUUCUCUGAAAGUUUGCAACGAGGCAGGGCAGCUCGGAGGGAGAUACCGAACUGCUUGAGCAGAGAAGGGAAAUCGAACGGGUGGCGGCUGAACAUCGGUCCGGCGCGUGACAAGCCGCGGACGGGGUACGAUACGCGAAACAGCUGACUGGCUGGGGACCAUGGCUGAGACAGAUGCGCGCUGAGUAAUUCAGUAAAAAGACAAAGGACGAUCAAAAAAACACGAAAACUCAAGGGGGAAUUUGAUGUUCCUGGCAGCACUUGACGUCGGGGUCUCUGUGUGUCGGGGUGAGUGGGAUGCGCAGAUGCGUAAAAGUGAGCGAGCGGGCUCGACAGCCAGGCGGACGCUGUGAGGGAGGGAUGAAUGAAUUGGAAGGGAGAGAUGUGCACGGACGUGAGCGGCAAGUGGGCAGAGUUUCGGAGGGCGGAUGUCGAGAUGCAGACGCGAUGCAUGACGCCAUUAGGACUGGUGUCAGGGGGCUGUCUGCACGCGUGGGAAGAGGGAUAUGAGUAUGAGGUCGUGUCUACGUAGUGCAUCGUCACUUUCGCCUCUCCCGUGCCCGGCCUGGCUCUGGUCCAUCCAUACUACUCUACACCACUGCACUCGCUAUGCCUUCUCCACUCAAUCCAGCAGCUGGCCAAUCCUCUGACAACUCCCUCCACUCAAAGCACUCCGCUACAGCCCAUCCCACCGACGCCGCCGCCGACCGCGAUCGCCAGUCCGACGCAAAGAACGGCUCUGCGACAAAGCUCCAGCAGCAGAACAAUCCACCCGCUCGUCCUCCGCUUCGUAGCAACUUCGAGCUAGAGCCAAACCCGUUUGAGCAGUCCUUUUCCGCCUCCUCCUCAUCCCUCUCCUCCCUGCGACACAGUGCAAAUCAGAGAAAUGGCGGCGACCCGUCCCCGUCCUCAUCGCGCAACAAGUCGCCCACAGGCGGUUCCAGCUCGACGAACGGCUCUUCAAACUCGCGCAAGAACUCGCUGAGCAAUGCCUCCCACCCGAAUAGCGACACCCCGAAGCCGAUCCUGCCCCCGCUCGCGUCAAUCACUUCCCCAUCCGACCCGAGUUACGCUUGGGCUUUCUCCUCCGCUAGCCUCACAAAUUCUCUCCGCGCUGGUCCACUGUCGCCUGCCAUGCUCGCUGGUCCGCAGACACAACAGCCAACGACGACGUCCCAAUCGGCAUCAUCAAUCGCAGCACUCGCUGCCAGCGCUGGCUCUAUGCACCCACCGCUGUUCGCAUUUGACCCGUCAGGAUCCUUCCGAACGGGUCUCACCCCGUCCACCGGCCUAACUCCCCUCGUCGGUGGUCCCGUUGCGUUCCCUCCGCCGUCGCCUAAUACCGCGGCAUUUCUGGCUAUGGUCAACUCGGGGUCUGCAGGCAGCGCCGCUGCUGCGACGAUAACGCCCAAUACCCUAAGCGCAUUGACCAGCGUGCUUCAGCAAUCCUCUGCUACGGCUUCUCAAACGGGUCAACAGGCCGCCGGUGGCACCUCCAACAACACUAAUAAUGCAGGUGCUCAGCAGUCUUCAUCACAGUCGCAAGUGGUUGUCCCGACAUCUGUGGCUCCAUCGCAGGUAGCUGCUCCCGCAUCGUCGGCUUAUCAAAGCAGUCCUCUAGCUUCUCAAUCACGGACUAAUAAUGGCAGUUCUGGCAAUAGUAACAAUUACCCAGAUGCCACGGGUGCUGCAAACCACGCUGCAAACGGACUUUUCCUUCUUUCUCAAGCGCACCAGGAACUCACCAAGCGCGAGGAAGCCCAGAAGCAGAGCUUGGCCCAGGCAAAUGGUGCCGCUGCAAAAGGAUCCGUGUCACAGAGCCAGACAGUUCAGUCCACGACGAAUGGUGCGAAUAAUGCCAAGCGAGGUACAAAGCGCAAGAGCGACAAUGCGAGUAUUUCAUCGGCUGCGUCCACGAAAACAAGUUCGUCAAAGAAGUCGAAAUCGUCGCCCACCAGCACACGCGCCCCUGCAGCCCGUCGCGGGAGUACAGUUAGCAAUCCAGACGGGGAGGAUGAAGGUGGAUUAGACGAAGAUGAAGAGUCCGAAGACGAACAGCAACAGCUGCCGCCUCCAUCGUCAGGCAAUAACAAGAAUAAGAAGCCUGAGACAGAAGAAGAAAAAAGAAAGAAUUUCUUGGAACGAAACCGUCAAGCCGCACUAAAAUGUCGUCAGCGAAAGAAGCAAUGGUUAGCACAACUACAGGCCAAGAACGAAUUCUUGCAAAACGAGAACGAACGGCUCACGGCUGCAUUAGUGGCCUCGCGAGAGGAAAUCUCCCGACUUUCUCAGCUUGUUGGCGGCGCUGGCGUGGGCCUUCCCUCCGGUGUUGUGCCCAUGGUAGGUGUAACGGGAAUGGGGGUUCAGCAACAGCAAGUUCACCACGCGCCAUAUAUGACCCAUCAACAGCAGCAUCAUCCUAUCGCAGUACCAGUAAGCCUGCCACAGGGCUCGGCGAGUAUCAACGCAACUGCCACCUCACCGUCGAUGGCUACCAAGCCAUCGCCGCACAUGCAGCAGCAUCACCAGGUCCAUCAGGUCCAUCACUCGCCGAAUCCGCACAGUCCAGCCAGUGACGGACGGAGCAGCCGUAGCAGCCUGCGUGAUGUGCGAGAUUAUGCGAACGGCGCGGUGGUGACCACUCGUGACAAUGGUGCACGGGAAUACGCUCGGGACAUGCGUGAGCGGGAGUUAGGGCACGUUCACGGGCAUGCACCUCAGGCGGUCGCGGUGAAUGGACGAGGGUAUGGAUAUUGAAUGGAGUGGAAGAGUAGGGGCAAGAGAGGUGAGGUAGUAAAACAAGAAACGAAUUUCUUGGUGGAACUCGAUGCAAUACCUAGGGUGGUAACAUAGGAGAAGGAGGUUGGGGUGUGUUUGACGAUUCCCAAUGGGCAGCAAGGUAAAGAGCUCAAAGGCGGUGUUUAUCCGGAUAUCGCAACACCUGCUUUCGAUAAACUCUUACGCUUCGUGGUCGGAUACAGGUUCGAUAUCUUUUCCCAAGAGAUUGGGACAUUGUUGCUUUACAAGGAUUGACAUCGGCUGGACCUGUAUUCAAAUCGGAGUGUUCGUCUUGCGCAUGCUACCCUAUCUUCACGCUUGAAUUGCACAGGACGAUUCUGACGGUCUCGCGAGCCGAUCAGCCGUGCACGAGCGUAAAUGACUUCUUGAACGGGAAUUCGAUGAGUCACUCCCUGGUUGAAGAAGCCCAUGCAUACGUGUUCGGCGCGAGGCUGACGUGUCAGGCGGGACGCGGUGGGCUUCUUUAACAGCGUUAUCUACCGCGUUUACAAGGAGAAGAAAAAAGGACUAAUUUACCGUUUGAAAUUGUAUUAUAUUCUCCUUUCCCCUUUUUUUUUACUCUGGCUCCUGCUGUGAAUGUUGGACUUCGACUUGACUGACGGAGUCCACUCGUGCUCUGUCUUUUUUCUCUUUACUUUACAAGCAUGCAUACACGAUCAUCAUCUCUUACGCAACACACGUGCAAUUCGUUCUAUAAUCUUUUUUACUCUCCUUUUCCUUCUCUUUCCUUUGUGCAUUCGUCUUUCUCCGAGGACCCUCCGUCCCGUAGUCAGCGCCAGCGCCUGACUUUUCAUCUUCGUUUCUGUUACUCUUUUUGACCUGUCCAUCGUGACUUUGUCCUUCCUCCCCC